ACUACACGCCAAGAAAAGCUUCCUCCCGACACCAACCGAAUCGCCCCCCAUUUCCCUCGACCCCGAAGCGGCGACCCCCGACCUCCGAGGCCCCGCCCGAUGGCGCCCAAGGCCGAGAAGAAGCCCGCGGAGAAGAAGCCGGCGGAGGAGAAGGCCGAGAAGGCGGAGAAGACGCCUGCGGGGAAGAAGCCCAAGGCGGAGAAGCGCCUCCCCGCCUCCAAGUCCGCCGGCAAGGAGGGCGGCGAGAAGAAGGGGAAGAAGAAGGCCAAGAAGAGCGUGGAGACCUACAAAAUUUACAUCUUCAAGGUGCUCAAGCAGGUGCACCCGGACAUCGGCAUCUCCUCCAAGGCCAUGUCCAUCAUGAACUCCUUCAUCAACGACAUCUUCGAGAAGCUGGCGCAGGAGGCCGCCCGCCUCGCCCGCUACAACAAGAAGCCCACCAUCACCUCCCGCGAGAUCCAGACCUCCGUGCGCCUCGUCCUUCCUGGCGAGCUCGCCAAGCACGCCGUCUCCGAGGGCACUAAGGCCGUCACCAAGUUCACCAGCAAUUGAGCGAGCCGCGGCACCCACGGAUUUGUUAGGUCUCCGCCACUUCUCGGCUUCUCCGUUGUGUUCCCCCCCUUCCUUCCUCUUGUUAGUAUCUGCUGUGAAGAUAUCGUCGGAUGAACAACGAAAUGUUUGUGUAGCACUAGCUGGCUUGCCUGCUUUGUAAAUCGUGCCAGGUUGUGAUGAACGUCUUGGAUUUAAGGUA